AUGGGAGGUUUCGACAAGGCGAAUUGUGGACCACGGUGCAAGAUAGGUGAUGACAAACAAGUUUUUACACAAAUCGCAACCAAUUUGAACACAAAUUUGCCACAAGUGGUAAUUACUCUUGAUGAAUCUCUGAACAGUAAUAUCCUGUCUGUAUCAACAUCAAGUUUAACAAAUUCUAAUGAUUUAGAAAAAAGCAAUUUCAAACAUCCCAAUGUGUUAAAUGUUUCAGGAAGAAAGUCACUUACUGAAACACACAAUCAAGUUUCAAUCGUCGCAAAUGAUGUUGCACUCAACGCAACAGGUCAGACUUCAGAUCCAAAAGAUGUUAUUUUUUCCGAUGAAAUGUAUAUUAGUGAAGGAAAAAUGGUUUUAACUGAAAGUAGAGGACAGAUGGAUAAUCUGUAUCUUGAUGAUUUGGUACCCAAUAUAACAGGUCACACAUCAGAUCCAAAAGAUGAUGUUAUUUCCCAAGAAGAAUCAGAUUUUAAUAAAGGCAAUGAAAGUUUUCAUCAUUUUGAAGUAUACGAGGAUGAUAAUGCAACAGAUGACCAAUAUGUUGAUCAUAAUCCAGGAAGAAAGACACUUACUGAAACCGACUGUCAGAUACACAAUCAAGUUUCAACUAUCGCAAAUAAUGUUGCAUUCAACGCAACAGGUCAGACUUCACAUCCAAAAGAUGUUUUUUCCGAUGAAACGUAUAUUAGUGAAGAUGAUAUAAAUGACAAUAGUGAAGCAGUAACAAGUAAUUCUAAGGAAGGAGAAGAUGAAGUUGAGCAAUUAUCGGAUGAACAACCUCAAUCUCAAACUAAUAAAAAUAAAAAGAUGCGAAACGAAACACAUAAAUUGAGAUCUGGAAAAUUGCUAAGUAAAUGUAAGUAUAAAUUAAAAAAAAAGAAUUUUUAUUAUUACUACCGAUGUAUGUAUCACAAAAAUAAAGCAAAUACGUAAAUUCUUCUU